AUGGCCCUUAAAAUAUCACAACAAAGGGAAGAUUCCAAAUUUUUAGCAAAGCCACGUGAGGGAUUGAAAGAGCCUCCAAAUCCUGAAGAAUGGAAACAGGAAUAUCGCAUCUCCUUGAUGGAUAACGAACUGCACAGUUUACCAGAAGCUCUAGACUGUUGUGAUCUUGUAACAUUGUUACUUCAAAGGAAUAAGAACUUGGUUGCCAUUCCUGAGUUCUUCUUUACAUCAAUGUGCCAUCUUCGAGUUCUGGAUUUGCAUGGCACGGGCAUCACAUCAUUACCUUCAUCUUUAUGCAACUUGAUUGGUCUUAGAGUACUUUAUCUGAAUUCUUGCAUCCAUUUGGUAGGAUUCCCAACUGACAUAGAAGCGCUUAAGCAGCUUGAGGUGCUUGAUAUCCGAGGGACUAAGCUUAGUUUAUAUCAAAUUAGAACUUUAACCUGGUUGAAGUUAUUACGAAUGUCUUUGUCUAAUUUUGGCAGGGGAAGCCAAACUCAGAACCAAUCAGGAAAUGUUUCAAGCUUUGUUUCCUUGGAAGAGUUCAGUAUUGACAUUGAUUCGUCCUUGCGAUGGUGGGCCGGGAAUGGAAAUAUUAUCGCAGAGGAGGUGGCUACCUUGAAAAAGUUGACUUCUCUUCAAUUUUGCUUCACUACAGUGCAUUGCCUUGAGUUCUUUGUCAGCUCCAGCCCAGCAUGGAAAGAUUUCUUUGUCAGGACCAGCCCAGCUUGGGAAGAUCUCUCUUUCACAUUCCAAUUUUCUCUUGGUUACCAAAACUUAACCUGCUUUCAAAUUCUAGAGUCUUUUGAAUAUCCAGGCUACAAUUGUCUGAAAUUCAUCAAUGGCGAAGGCAUUAAUCUUAUAAUCUCCAAGGUACUUGCAAAAACUCAUGCAUUUGAACUAAUUAACCACAAGGGAGUUUCAAGGCUAUCAGAUUUUGGUAUCGAGAACAUGAAUGAUCUCUUUAUUUGUUCAAUUGAAGGAUGCAAUGAAAUUGAAACCAUCAUCAAUGGUACUGGAAUAACAAAAAGUGUGUUUGAAUAUUUGCACCAUUUGCACAUAAAGAAUGUCUUAAAAUUGGAAAGCAUUUGGCAGGGCCCUGUUCAUGCUGAAAGUUUGACUCUUUUAAGGACUCUAGUCUUACGUAGAUGUCCACAGUUGAAGAAGAUAUUCUCUAAUGGCAUGAUUCAGCAGCUUUCUAAGCUGGAGGACUUGAGAGUUGAAGAAUGUGAUCAAAUUGAAGAGAUAAUAAUGAAAUCGGAGAACAAUGGAUUAGAAUCCAACCAACUUCCAAGACUGAAGACCCUAACACUCCUUAAUCUCCCAAGACUGAGAAGCAUUUGGGUUGAUGAUUCAUUGGAGUGGCGAUCUUUACAGAGAAUUGAAAUAUCUAUGUGUCACAUGUUGAAGAGAUUGCCUUUCAACAAUGCCAAUGCAACCAAAUUGAGAUGCAUAGAAGGGCAGCAAGCAUGGUGGGAAGCACUACAAUGGAUGGAUGACGGUGCCAUUAAACAGAGAUUAGAGUCUCUUUGCAUCCUCAACUAG